AGGUAAAAUUAUUUUUAUAAGAGGCAAGAAGAAAACAGAAAGAGAGCACCAUUGUCAGGACUCACUGCACCUCCCUCGUUGUUCAGACUUCAGAGCGCACUCUGCUUUCCUGCGUCACAAUAAUUACGUGUCCAACAAGAUUCCUUUCACUACUCUCUCUCUCUAUACAACAAUGCCGCCGCCCAUCCCCGCCGUCGACCCGCCGCGCUACAGCGAAGACAUCGACAGCACCUGCUCCACCCCCUUCGUCAGCGCCCCCUCCAGUCCCGGACACGGCCCCUCUGGCUACUUCUACAGCGCCCCUGCUAGCCCCAUGCAUUUCCUCCACACCAACACCAGAUCCAAAUCUCCUUCAUCGGCUGAUUACGAGGCCGUGUUCCUCUCCAGCGAUUCCGGAUCCUUCGAGUUCGAGUUCUCAUCCAGGUUCUCCCCCAACGGUUAUGGCGGAAUCGGCUCCAUGACGUCGGCGGAUGAGCUGUUCUUCAACGGCCAGAUCCGCCCGAUGAAGCUGUCAUCGCACCUCGCCACGCCGCAGGACGGUUUCCCGCCGCCGUCGAUGGAUCUCGACGGUGGUACGGCGAGCUCCAGAGGCAGAGAUCUGAGGCUACGGGGCGCGAAGCUCGCGAACCGCAGAGCUAGAUCCAUGUCGCCGCUCCGCUUCGAUCAGUGGCGAGUCGCCGGAGGAUUGGAUUCGCAAUGUGCCUCCGCCACCGUCGAGGAGAGAGAAGCCGAGUCCGGUGAGACAACGCCGUCUUGCUCGGCGUCGUCGUCGCGGUCGUCUUCCUCCGGGAGGAACUCGAAGAAGUGGAUAUUCCUCAAGGAUCUUCUGAAUCGUAGCAAAAGCGAGGGGCGAGCGCAUAGCAAGGAGAGAUUCUGGUCGGCGAUUUCGUUCUCGGCGGCGAAGGAGAAGAAGACGCCGCUGGUGCUGUCGCCGUCGUCCUCGCGCGACGAGAAAAAGGGCGGAAAGGAUAUGAAGAACAAGGAGACGAAAGCUCCGGGGUCCAGGAAACCAGCGAACGGCGUGUGGAGGAGGCGGGCGGCGCCAUCAGCUCACGAGCUGCACUACACGGCGAACCGAGCGCAGGCGGCAGAGAUGAAGAGAAAGACGUUUUUGCCCUACCGGCAGGGGCUGCUCGGGUGCUUGGGUUUCAGCUCCAAGAGUUAUGGAGCUUUCAGCGGAUUUACCAGAAAUCUGAACCCCAUUUCUUCUCGCUGAAAUCAAACUGCUGCACUAGUAAAUUUUAUGUAUAGUUAUCGCAGUCAUUAUUUAUUAGCAAUUUCUUGAGCUUCUGUAGUUCAUGUUCAUGUCUCUCUUUUUUGGUUGGGGGGAGGAGGAUUUCCAUUGGCGAAAUCGUCUAUUUGAUGGAGAAGCUUUUCUUGCAGAUCACCUGUUUGAUGAUUUGAUUGUCGAUAGUUUUUCAAUUAGCCUCAUCGUAUGUGCUACAGCGCUGCUGAUUGUAUCAAUGUACUUAUCAAGUUUUUGUUUUUCUUAUUAGGCUUUUUUUUUUAGGGAGUGAUAAUUUGAUUAUAA